ACGACUUCAUAUGUUGGUAGAAUCCCUGAAAUCAGUUUAUCUUAAUAGUUUAUUGGAACCUUCUGUUCCCUUGCGACUGAAAGUUCAAGUGCUAAACAACAUCGAAACCUACCUUCAGGAAGAGGAAAUUCGAAUGAUCAAAGAAGAUCAGCAGUGGUCCAUGACAUCAAAGAAGGAGAAUCUCAAAGAAAUGGGAGACGUAACCUCUGGAAUGGAAGAUCGGCGCGGACCCGAAGUGGCCCUCGUCUCUGCGCCUAUAUGGGCAACUUGAUCAAAUUGCAUCAUUUAUCACCUGUCAUUGAUAUUAGCCCCAACCCCUUUGCGUGUAUACCGCAUUAGAGGCCACCAAAACGGAACGGAUUUUGA